GAUCAAUCUGUGUUUUGAAUGAAUGAAAAUGACUGAGUCACCACAGUCUGAGUGUGGCGAUUCUCCUAUUUUGGUCCCUUACUUUGAGGCGUACCUUUUAGACACUUAAUCUUACAGGAAGCAUCCUCCGUGUAUUCAGCCUGUCGAGUGUUCUGACUAUGUCUGGGUGAGAUAAUUUCUUAUUUCUCUCAACUCUAACCACAUACUGAUGUUCUUCUAGACUGAGGACACACACUCUUGAGUCCAGUUCCCAAUUUCUUCUGUAAUUGGCUGGUGAAGAAGCAAACAGCAUAAUCAGAAACUGAAAACUCCAGCCAUUUUUUGUCACUAGUAAAUGACAUAUUUACUCUUGCUGUAAUUGCAUUAAAUGCUACAUUUAGUCAACAACAAUGCCAUUUUUGAGGAGCUCUUGAUACUUAAUGUCUAAAAGAACUUGAACCUCCAACUUGUUGACUGAGGAAGAACCAGUAACUAUGAAACAGGGAUACAAGUGUGUGGUGUGAAGUGGAUGAGAUUGCUACACAACAGAAACAAGGUUGACCAAUAUUUGAUUGCAUUUUACUGAUGUAAGUGUUGCCUCAAUACUUAAUGACUUAAGUGACUUCAUCAAUAAUUUGAAACAUUUGGUUAAUAAUAUACUUAAUAGACCAAGACAUUAGGCAUGGCUGUACUUUGCUAAUUAUUGCUAACUUUUUGAUUUUUAGGGCAAUAUUACAAUAGUUUCAUUGUCACUCUGCAUCAGGCCACAGUGGUGUACCUGGUUAUCAUCAUUUGUGCAGUGUCCUAUAACGUGGGCGAUUGUGGUCAUUACCACAAUUGUUCUUGACAAAGUUUUCUCCAGAAGUGGUGUGCCUUUGCCUCCUUCUGGGCAGUGUCUUUACAAGACAGGUGACCCCAGCCAUUAUUACUGCUCUUCAGAGAUUGUCCGCCUGGCUUCAGCGUUUGCCUAACCAAGACUUGUGAAAUGCACUAGCUGCUCAUACGGCUAUCUACUGCUCCCGUGGCUUCACGUGACACUGACCAGUGGGCUAAGCUGGUGCUACACCUUGCCCAAGGGUUACCUGCAGGCUAGCAAAGGGAAGGCACACCUUCCACCUCCUUUGGUAGAGAGGUAUCUCCACCCCGCCACAUAGAUAGGACACAGAAAACCUAUGCCAACCAACUGGCUGGAAUUUACAAGGACAUCUGCCGCCUCUCACUGCUGCAGUCAGAGGUUUCGGCCUGCUUCAAAAGGGCAUCAAUCAGACAAGUUCCCAAGAAAAGCAGAGUGAGCUGCCUCAAGGACUAUUGCCCUGCAACAAUUUCAUUUACUAUGAUGAAGUACUUUGAAAGGCUGGUCAUCGUUAGAAUUAACUUCUGCCUAAGCAAGGACCUGGACCCACCGCAUUUUGCCUACUAUCACAAUAGGCCUAUAGUGGAUGCAGUCUCACUGGCUCUCCACUUGGCUUUGGACUGUCAGGACAAUAAUGAUACCUACAUCAGGCUGAUGUUCAUUAAUUACACUUCAACAUUCAAUACCAUCAUUCUCUCUGAACCAGUCAACAAGUAUCAAAACCUGGGCUCUGUAUCUUCCUCUACAACUGGAUCCUCACCGGGUGACCACAAUCAGUGUGGGUCAGAAAAAAAAUCUCCUCCUCACUACAAUCAACGCACGUGCACCUCAAGGAUGCAUGCUUAGCCCACUGCUCUAAUUGCUCAACACCCAUGAUGCUGGCUUGGCAUAGCUUAAAUGCCAUCUGCAAAUGCACUGAUGACCAACUCAGCAGAAUCUCAGAUGGUGUCAAGGAAGUGUACAGGAGUAAUUAAAACCAGCUGAGUGAUGUCGUAACAACAACCUUGCACUCAGCAUCAGGGAGACCAAGGAACUGAUUCUGAACUUCAGGAAAGGGAAGUCGGGAGAGCACUUACCUGUCCUCAUCGAGGCAUCAGUAGUGGAAAGGGUGAGCUGAUGUCAGCACCUCUGAAGAUCUGUGUUUGGGCCCAACACAUUGAUGCAAUUAUGAAGAAGCUAUGCCAGCAGCUGUACUUCAUUAGGAGUCUGAAGAGAUUUGGUAUGUCACCAAAGACUGUAGCAUAUUUCUACAGAUGUACCUCGGAGAGCAUUGUGACUGGUUGCAUCACCCUCUGGCAUGGAGGCCCCAAAACACAGAAUAGGAAAAGCCUGAAGAGAGUUGUAAACUCAGCCAGCUCCAGCAUGGGCACUAGCCUCCCCAGAUUCUAGGACAUCUUCACAAGGCAGCUUACAAAGGUAGCGUCCAUCAUUAAGGACCUCAUCCACCCAAGAUACACCCUCUGCUCAUUACUACCACGAAGGAGGAGGUACAGGAAUAUGAAGGCACAUAUAAAGUAUUUUGGGAGCAGCUUCUUCCCCAUCCACCAUUAUUCUUCUGAACAGUGCAUAAACACCUCAUUUUUAGCAGUUAUUUAUUUUUACAUAUUUACACUGUAGAUUGUGUAUUUUAUGUAUUGCACUGUACUGCUGCUGCAAAACACCAAAUUUCAUGACAAGUGUCAGUGAUAAUAGAACAUAGAAAUCUACAGCAAAUUACAGAUGCUUCAGCCCACAAUGUUGUGCCAACCAUGUAACCUACUCUAGAAACUGCCUAGAAUUUCCCUACUAUGUAGCCCUUUAAGCUCUAUGUCCCUAUCUCAAAGUCUUUUAAAAGACCCUAUUGUAUCCACCUCCACCACUGUCGCUGGCAGUGCAUUCCACCACCCUCUGAUAUCCCCCUUGUACCUACUUCCAAGCACUAUGCCCCUUGUGUUAGCCAUUUCAGCCCUAGAAAAUGCCUCUGGUUAUCCAUACUAUCAAUCUCUCAAAUAGCCCUGAUUCCAAUUCUGGUUCGGUACUAUUGUAUGCAUUAAUUUUCUUCUUUAAAGAUAAUGUCAAAACAACAAAUUAUAAAGCUUUUCAUUGUAGACCUAUGCAAGUCUAGACAAGCUGACCUGUUGUUUUCAAAUUGCCCAGACAGUUUUCUCCCUUUCCUUUCCGAAUCUUUGGGUUCUCUUUCUGCUUAAUGAUUCUAUUUCUAACUCACCAGAUCCACAAAGUGCCCUAAAUUGUCUCUACCUCAUGACUUUAAUCAGGGUCAAAGUGCAGCGUGGUAGCGCAACAGUUAGUGCUGCUGCCUCACAGUGCCAAGGAUUUGUGGAGAUUCCUAUGGCUAUGUAGUGUUAGGCAGAAAGAAUGAGAGGGUUGAUGGGCAUGUAUGAGAAGGAAUUCUAGGGAUGAAGCACAAUAUUUAAAUGAGACUGAUGAGAUGACUACCCUAAGGACUAACAUGGAUCCGUCCUGCUGAUUGGCCUCCUUUUGUGUUAUUAUAAAAUCACCUUACUUCAUGGUGCUCAGGACAAUUGCACCCUUUUGUUGAAAACCCAUGUUUGUUUAAUAAUGGGGAAGAUAGAUUAUUUUUGAUCUCUCACGCAUCAUAUCGCUUUUUGAAAAAAAAAUUCACAUGGUUUUCAACCCUACUCUAGGAAUAAAGCAGAGGUUGCCUUGAAUAAUUGACUGCUCAUUGCGGUAACUCAUCCGUUAACUUCAUUAAAUUAACGCGAGGAGACCUGACUCAUUUUGCGUUUCGUUUUGACUUCCAAACCCCGUUUCGCGUCACAGUUUCCAAACUGCAUUCUUGCGCAACAGCAUAUCAUAUCGCACUGUUUCAAGCGACUUCCUUGCUGAACACGCUGGGUGACGGUGUCUCUGAAUUAUAGUCAGCACGCCCACCCCUGACAACCCAAAUCCCCCUGCAGCCAGUCUGCAAGCGACCUGAUCUGGGUUCCUGUCACGCCCCUGCCGGAUGAUUGACAGUUCUGGGGAGGGCAGGCGUGACGCGUGACCCAAGUGGGAGUCGGGGCGGAGUCAUCGCCGGGGGCGGGGAUAAACCGAGUGAGUGGCAGGAGAAGGCCGGCCGGCCGGCCGCGGGCACUUAAAGAGCCCGGGCAGCGGGAAGAGCAGAUUACAAGCGGGACAAGCGCACCCGCAAAAGUGCAGUUCAUCUACCUCACAGGGCGCUGGAAACUUGUUUAUUUAUUUAUUGGGGGAAGGGAGGAGUUCUGAUAUAAGGCCGACGGGGGAGGUGCAUUUAAAUCAUUUUGUUUCCUCUGCCGGCUCCUGUGCUUGUUGCAGCCCUGAAACGCGCCAGCCACUGAAUUCUUGCAGCCUGCACCGGGGGCGAGAUGCACACCACUCAGAAGGACACCACUUUCACCAAGAUCUUCGUCGGCGGGCUGCCCUACCACACCACCGACGCGUCGCUCCGCAAGUACUUCGAGGUCUUCGGUGACAUCGAGGAAGCGGUGGUGAUCACCGACCGGCAAACCGGCAAAUCUCGCGGCUACGGUUUUGUGACCAUGGCUGACCGGGCGGCGGCGGAGCGUGCAUGUAAAGAUCCCAAUCCCAUCAUCGACGGCAGGAAGGCCAAUGUCAACCUGGCGUACCUGGGGGCGAAACCGCGGAUCAUGCAGCCAGGUUUCGCUUUCGGAGUACAACAGAUUCACCCCGCUUUUGUACCCAGGCCUUAUGGGUUUGGAAUCCCCGCAAGGAUCUCCAGUGAUUACAGCCUGCACUUCACAGGCAAGGUAUUCCUUCAGGAUGGCCUCCUGUAUUCCACAAACAAAGCAAUCUCCAAUAAGAGAAUCCUGCAAAACUGCAAUUAUCUGUUCCCAGUUUUAGUUUUGCUAAAUGCACAGUGGAGCAUAUCCUGAAUGGCUGCAUCAGGGUCUGAUAUGGAAUCACCAAAGCUCAACAUUGGACAAGCAUACAAAGAGUGAUGGAUGCAGCCCAGUCCAUCAGGGGGAAAGCCCUCUCCACCAAGGACCCCUACCCUCCAAGGACACCCAUAACUCUGAACCAAUUCCACAGUCUAUAGAUUCAUUUUCAAUGACACUACAACUCGUUCUUAGUAGUAUGUACUUAUGUAUGUAUGUAUGUACUUAAUUAUUGAUUGAAUUAAUAAUUAUUAUUAUUAUUCUCAUUGUUGCAUUUGUACAGAUUGUUUUCUUAUACACAUUGGUUGUUUGACAGUCUUUGUGUGUAGUUUUUCAUUGAUUCUAUUUUAUUUCUUUGUUCUACUGUGACUGCCUGAAAGAAAAUGAAUUUCAGUGUUGUAUAUUAUAGUGACAUACAUGUACUUUGAUAAUA